AAAAAGGGGGCGAGGGGGUUUGGGUUUGUGUGGGCAGGUGAUUGUUAUGCAAGCAACCCUAAAUUAAACGGAACUCUCCGGUUGUUGAUUCGGCCGCCCCUGUCGUUCCUUCGAACGCCUUCCAGUGUUCAGACAGUUCUAGGGUUUCGCCUCCCCCCCGCACGCCCCCACCGCCGUAAUCCGGACCCCGGCCGACGAAUUCUCCCAUGGACUCCGGCGGCGAAAGGUUUCCUGGCGGAGGCGCCGCCGGUGGGUUCCACCGCGGCGAGGCGAUUGCCGCAGUCCAGGAUGAGGAACAGUUUUACGGGGACGAGGACGACUUCGACGACCUAUACAGCGACGUUAACGUCGGUGAGGGCUUCCUUCAAUCCUCCCGCCGGAGCGACGAGCCUGCGCCGGACGCGGUCUUGGCCGAAACUCCUCUGCCUCCUCCACCACCCCUCCCGCCGUCGGCGCCGUUGCCGGAGAAGGUCCAUCUCCCUGGGAUCACCGGGGAGAUAAAGAUGGAGAGAUCCGCUGGUGUUUCUGUUCAAGAGUUUCGGGGAGGAGGUGGCGAAACGGCUGCUGUGGUGCCGCUGCCAAUUCCUGGUGGUGUUAGAGCUGACUUAGGGCAGACUUCUGGACGGACUGGCGAGAUACAAGCCCAAACUGGAGGCGGUGGUUACUCUAACGAGGGUCUUCACGGGCAAGGUGGUGGUUUUGGAGGUGAAAUGAGGCAAGGAGGAGCGAACACUAAUGGUGGUGGUGUGGGGGAAGGGGACUUUGGAGGUAGUACUCUCUUUGUGGGGGAGCUCCACUGGUGGACUACGGACGCCGAUCUUUUGGCAGAAUUGAGCAAGUAUGGUCAGGUGAAAGAGAUCAAGUUCUUUGAUGAGAAGGCCAGCGGGAAAUCGAAGGGUUACUGCCAGGUGGAUUUCUAUGAUCCGAUGGCUGCUGCGUCUUGUAAGGAGGGGAUGAAUGGUCAUAUGUUCAAUGGUAGACCCUGUGUCGUGGCAUUUGCUACACCUGCCACGGUUCGACGGAUGGGCGAGGCACAACUCAAGAACCAAAAUUUGGCAUCACAACAGUCUGGUGUCGCUCCACAGAAGGGCAGGGGCAGUCAGCAGAUGGGUGGGAAUUAUGGAAGGAGUGGUGGUGGUGGUGGCGGCGGCGGUGGCAGUGGAAGUGGUGGUUGGGGGAGGGGUGGUAUGGGGAACAGAGGACAGUUGAGGAACCGGAUGGGACAAAUGGGUGCCGGCGGCAGUCGCAGUAUUAUGGGAAAUGGUGGCAUGGUUGGCCCGCCUCCUCCAGUGAUGCAUCCUGGUGCAAUGAUGGGCCAGGGCUUUGAUCCAACUGGUUAUGGUGCUGCUAUGGGUAGAAUGGGGGGUGCUUAUGGAGGGUUCCCUGCAGGGCCUGGUGUUGCUGCUGCUCCAUUCCCUGGAUUGAUGCCUUCAUUCCCUCCUGUUGUUGCUCCUCACAUGAAUCCUGCUUUCUUUGGAAGAGGAGGGAUGCUAGCCGGUGGUGUUGGGAUGUGGCCUGAUCUCAGUAUGGGUGCUAGGGUAGGUGAAGAGCAGUCGAGUUACAGGGAUGAUGGAGCAUCGGAACAGCAGUAUGGCGAAGUAAGCCAUGGAAAGGACAAGGCUUCUGACAGGGAUCUACCGGGAGCUUCAGAUAGGAGGCACGAAUGGGAGGAGGAGAUGGGCCAUGGGCAGGAGCGGCCAGAGAGGCAUUAUGAUGAUAGAGACUUGGUUAGGGAAAGGGAUCGGGACAGGGAGAGGGAGAGGGAGAGGGAGAGAGAGAAGGAUAGGGAUAGGGUUCGGGAUUGGGAGAGGGAGAGGGAGAGGGAGAGGGGCAGGGAGCGGGAACGAGACAGAGGGAGGGAAAGAGAAAGGGAGAGAGACAGGGAGAGGGAAAGAGAGAAGGACAGGUAUCGAGAUGAUCGGGAUCGACAUGGUGAUCAUCAUAGGCAUAGGGAUCGUGAGUCCGAGCGUGGUGAUGACCGGGAUAGAGGAAGAUUAUCGAGGCCAAGGAGCAAGUCUCGAGAGAUUGAGCAUUCAAAGAAACGGCGUCUUACACCUGCAUAACAUGAGUUGUUGGCAACUUGGUUGGGAACUCUGACCUACCCGUUCACUUAUAUCCCAAGGCAUAGCCAGUAGAAGUGUUACUGCACACCAGAAGAAGAUGAUAGCUGCAAGUGUUUUCACAAUCUAAUAGACAGUUGUGCUGUGCUAUUGUACUGGGUUCUCUGAAACUAAAUUAAACCAAGAAUGGUGAAAGUGUAAUGUGAGAACCUUUUUGUCAACUCGCAUCAACUCCUGUCGAUGAAGAAAACCUGGCUUCUUACAUGCUUGUGCAGUUUAAUCUGUUCACUGUAGCAGUUUGUUGGUGAUACAGGUAAGUCCCAAAAUUGUGGCCAAGAGCAUUUUUAUCAUCACAUACACAAUGAAUAUAGCUGAGACCACCUUGACCAGGAAGGAUGAGGGGAGAGGAACAGCUUCUAGAACAGAGUGUAAGCCAUUCUUGUAACUCAUAGCCGUUACUUGCUGACCCACUUUUUAGUCAAAGUACAGCAUGCAGACUUUCCCUCCUCAAACAAUGAUAACACAAACAGAUGGUUGUAGUUGGAAUCAAUUGAUGCUGAGGUUUCUGCGUCUGAAAAGGCUUAAAAGCCAGUUGGGUGUCAUUCACAUCAGAACUGUAGCGGGUUAAAACUUGUAGUUGAUAUAAUCUCAUAAUAGGAGGUCAAAAACUAAAUUCGUAGGUCUCUCCUCUUGUAUUUUGAUGUCACUCAAGAUAGUAAACUGCAACUCACUGAAUUCCUUGGCUUCA